AUGGUCAAACUAAACUAUUUGAUAUUUGCAGUUCUUAUUUGUUUGGCAAUUGUUGUUUCUCAAGUUAGAUGUGGUGGUCAAGAUUGUGAUCCUUCCAAGGUUGGUUCUGGAAUCCAUACUCUUUAUGUUGAAGAUGAAGAAAUGCUGAACUCACUCAUGAAUAAGAAACAUAUUGUAAAGUUAACUAAAGCAGGAAGAAAGAAUGUUUACAGAAAGCUUACUCGUGGAGGAAGAAGAAACAGCAAGAUGUUGAGAAGAUUAGUUAAAAGACAAGUAGCUCGUAAGAUUUCCCAUGAAAAAACAGAGAAGAGAGGAAGAAUUGGUCAUUCGGUCCAUAAUAAGGUUUCCAAUAACAACAAACAUGCUAAAACUAAGGUUUCCAACAAAAAACUCCAUUCUAAAGCUGUUUCCUCUCCAAACAACACCAACAAGAGAGUCUCAGACGUUAAACCUCGUGAAACAAGAGAUAUUGGAAAGAGUGAAAACGAAAAACCUGCUCCAAUCGAAACCAAGAAGACUCCAAAAGAUGUUAACAAUAUGACAGCUCAAGAAAUCAUCAACCAAUCAAUUGCUACAUUUGACGGUGCAGUUGGCCCUAGCAAUAAGGCUCUUCCAAACAGAAGAAUUCUUACAAGCAAGAAAGGUAUUCUCAAGGAACAAGAUGAAGAUUACAAACGCCAACAAGAAAAACAAGAAAUGUGGGAACCAAUCGACACUUCUUGUGUUGCUUGUAGAGUUGACUGUAUGAAAACCUAUUCUCAAGUUGGUGGCAGUAUUUUUGAAUCAUGCAAAUUCCAAUACUAUUACUAUGGAUGUAAAUAUCAUGACGAAUGUUUUAUGGCUACAACUACAUCAGAUGAGAAAAUUAAGGGCAUGCUAGGAAUUUGUUUGUUGAGAAAUGGAUGUAAAUUGAAGGGUGAAUGGAAUUCCUAUGGAGUAGAUGACGCUGUUACUGGAAGAUUGCUUGGAAAACUUCGUGCAUCCAAUGAAAAACCAGAAUAA